UACGCGGAGAAUGUUUUCAUGUACAUUGCUCUUUCCUAUUAUGUCAUUAACAAUAAUUAUUCACUCCCUCAUAUGAUUUUAACACUUGUUUUUUAGUUUGUAAACUCGGCAGUUCUAACGCAUCUCUAAUGGAUGACUGACCGUGGGAAUACAUACAACCGUUGCUGACAAUUCAUUGGAGACAUUAGUUUAGAUGUUACGUUAUUUCUAAAAUACAACAUUUCAACCAAGCAGUUGUUAGCUUUAAAAGUUAACUAUUUUUUGAUGUAACAAGUUACCGGCGUUCACCAUAAAUCGAGUUUCGGCUCUUGCAUCAAAAUCUGGCCAUGUUUCGGUCCGCUCCACUUUACACUCUUUUUGUUUAUUAUUCUUAAGUCUGUAGACAAUUGCACUUCGCAGUAACGUGCUCUAAUUAGCAAACUGAAAACGUACUUGGCUUGAGGAAUGAAAAUACAAGUGGAUAUUGGAGAGAGGGCAGUCAAGAUGGUGUUUAAGUGCAAAAAUUGAGCUUCGAAAAGACGCCAUUGUAUGCGCAAAUUAUCCAAAGUGUAAACCUUUUUAUAUCCUUAAUUCAGUGGACGGCCGACUGAACUUUAGCAUGAGCGGGGCCAAUGGCCAUUCUGUGGGAGUUGGCGAAAAACUGAAAGUGUUGCUGCGUAAAACAGCAGCUGUAUACAUAUGUUUUGACAGAACAAAACCAUCUAGUUUUUUUUUUACACUUAGUAAGAUUCUUUUUCCUGUUUAGAUUAAAAGAGGUCGUAAUACCUUCAAUCAGUCAUUCCUAGCAUAUGAGAAAUUUAUUUCCACACUACAAUAUGGUUCAAAAAUAUUCCUGAAAGCUUUUCGCUUGAGCGUUAACCAAUCGAUCAGGUUUUCAAUUACACUGCAACUGUUACUGAUUUUACACGAAACCCAUUUGUCCUCAGGCCUAGCAACUCCGGUUUAAUGUAUGCGACUUUUCCAAAAUUUAUUCUGUACGUGGCAAAUGUAAAAUUUAAGUUCGACUCUUCCCUUUUUUUUACUUUCUAUCUGACAUCACAUUUAUAGGAAAUGAAAGCUUGAAGGAUUUCAAAAAAAUAGACCGUUUUAAGAAAAGUGUUGAAAGUUUUUAGGCAGAGAGUGAAACCGUGAAAUAUUAUCGAUAUAUCGCGUGCAGUGAAAUAUCGCGUGCUGUUUACACGAUGUGGAUGGCAGUUUAACAAGCGAUGACAGAUUUAAAAUGCAAUGCGGUUUCUUUUGUCCUAUUGAAAAAAACGAAAAAACAGCGACAGAACCAAAACACUAAUUUUUUUUUCGGCUUGGUUAGGAAAUAUUUUUAUUUUUUUUACAUUAGUCGAGAAAUUCAAGACUGCUUAUCAAGAUCUAUAAAUGACAAAACGGACUUUUUUCCUGCAAGGCAAUUAACCUGAUGUCUUAUCUGUUGUCUGCCGCAUUUUCCAACAGAUACGAUAGUUUUACAGGAUUUAUCAAGAAAUGCGGCAACAUUUUUUCGUUUUAUGGUUUUUAGAUUUUACCCAGUUUCUCGGCGCAAUAUGCAUGACAAAAUAAUCAAGAAAAUUGGUGCCUCGUGACUUUACUCCCGGUCUAUCGUUGCAGUGUUGGGCUCCAUCCACGACGACCGCAUCUUUAAUAUUGCUAGCAUGUUGUUGGCCAAUUUCGGAAGAAUAACGUACUCCGCCUUUAUCUUACAUUGCGCGGCGUUUUGCAUCCUUUCCCUUCGAAAAUGCGCCUGUUAAUCAGGGCGAUUAGCAAUGCAAAAAAAGUCUAUCUAGUCUUUGACUGAGUCGCUUCUCUCGGCUGGCCAGAUGGUAGUAAAAACGAAAGACCAAUGUCACGGAAUCUAUGAGUUGUCGACAUGCAACGAACUUUCUUGAAGGUUUUGGUGAUGCUGGGAUGUCGUCGUGAGUAGAACAAAGCGUGUUAGCGCUUUUCAUGUGUCUUUCGUGAUGCCAAACGUGUGAUGUCGCGACAUCACGUUGCCGAAUGUCAUUGUCAAUCGUUUGGGCGCCCGGGUAAAAAUGCUCUCCGCUAUAAAGAACGGAGCGCAUUGCGUAAUGCUCUGCUAAAAAAGAAAAACACAAGUUCGCCGAUGAUGUCGCUUCAUCACUGAACAACCAACUUUUUCACCAGCUAGUACUUGCUCGGUUUGCAUUUUUGUGUCCCGGUUUAAAGCCGGAAGUUGUGUGAAGGAUUCAUCGUUCAGCCCUCCACGCUGCUCUCCAUGAAGUCGAUUUUCUUCCACAAUGACACUUGAAGUUGCACCUUGAAUCGAAGGCGUUGAAGUUUGUCAGAUGGUGCUUUUUCAUGUUGAAUUUUGAAGCAGAUGGAGAAUGACUGAAUGACAAUGCCAGAAUAUCAUUUACACUAUCACCGUGAAGAAAUAUGCGCUCUAUCACCACAACCGAGAAAGCAUGUUUCCUCAGUUCUGGCUGGUUCAUUCACACGUGCAGCCCGAAUUUUGUUUCAGCCCUUCCCCUGACGUAUGUAUGUAUUGCUCCAUUGAUAGUACAAUGAGUGGGUAUAAUUUAGGAAGAUUCCAAAAACUAUUUCACUUUAAGUCGGUAAACAUCAAACAAGUUGAUCACUCCAAUUUUGUUUUCUUUUAGGCGUGGGAAAAGAACUAAAAAUGACUACGUGAUGGAGCAUAGAAUCAUUAACAGACAAAUCAUCUUUAAAGAAUGCUGUCAUCGGCAAACAGAACGACUCGCCAAAACAACAGGAAAUACCUCCUUGUGGCUAAAUCCUCCAAAUUGUUUUCACAGGAAAUGUUGAUUAUUAAGAAUAAUGAGGAAACAUACGAGAUAGCUUAGAAAGUCGAGUGAACACGUAGCGGAGAUCAGAUUCUGCGAGAGUCCUUUUGUAUUCUGGUUUUGAAGUACGAUAAAAAAGUGAACAUACUAAACCAGAGUAAAUAUAUUUAAGUGAGAUGUUUUGUAAUCUUUUCUGGUGGGAGUGCCGGAGCUUUCUGAUCAUGGCAUGAUAACAUGCCCCAUUUAUCACAGCUGAAUUGCACCCACAAAAUCCAGAGACCACUGCUUCAAUUGUCUGCUAAAAGCUUGAAGAAGUAAUCGAUGGAUAAGCUGAAAGAUGAGUUCCUAAUGCUUUCGGUACGGCAAAUUCAGAAUAUUCUAACGUUUACAAUCCUGUACUUACGAAGAAUUAGGCUGUUUAUUUUUCCGAGCUGGGGUGUUAGGUUUCUUUCCUGCACCUUCAAUAGUUUUUCUGUUUUCAAAUGAGCAGUUUUGCUGUAAUAGAAUGGUUUAUCGCUGCCCUGAAAUGGCUUCCACCCUCACUGUUGGUCAGUAUGACCAAUGACUUUACAAUUUAUCGAUUUAACGUAUAAACUGUGAUCUGUUUUGCCAUGAAAAAGAAACCUCGAUCUGCUGAUUUCAACGGCUUUAUACCGCCCAGGAGGAAGGCGUUCAAUUUAGCGCCUGAUCUUUUCAUCGACUUCUAAGAUGAAUUCUAAAAAGUUGACCUUCUGGCGCCAUUGAUCUAUGAUCAAAAAGCCACUUCUGUAGUAAUCUAGUUCACCAAAAACUCGCUUUUUGCCCCACCAUUGUUACAUAUUUGCUGAUAGCUUAGAUCGUAGAUUGAGAGUUAAGAAUCUUGGGAGGAUUCCUGAUAACAGCUUUGCUAUGUACUGAACAGUUGUGCUGGCUAAAGUCAUGCCAUGUUUGAAUUUUUGCUAUAGGAAACGUACACCCUUUAGAAGAAUUUUUGAAUAGUUUUAAGUUUUCCCCGAUGCAAAUUCGCAUUUCCUUUCAUAACGAAAAACGGUAUGUCAAACUUUGCGACAAAAUUCUGCCCUCAAUGAUUCAAUUUUCAUGUUCUUUUAUGUCAAAGAUGAAUGUAAAAAAUGUUUAAAAUCCACCAUUCUGAUCUAACUUCAUCUUCUAAACUUUAAACAUAUACUACAAGAUUUUGGAUGCAUAUCUAUUUGGACGCGUAGAAGUGUUAAUUGAUCGCGAAAAACUGCGGCAAGAAAACGAAGUGACCUAAGAGGAUUGCCUGGAAAAAGACCGAGAACUCCGCUAGGAAUAAUGAAAGAAUAACGCAGACUGUUUUUUUUCCAAGCCUCUCGGAGCAAUUUCGCGCUUUUCAAGGGAUCUAUAGACGUUCUGGGUUUCAGGAUGAAAGGCAAAGAGCAAACUUCAAGUUAAAGGGACCCAUUCCAGUGCUUGUGUAGUGAUGGGCACCUGACAAUAUUUGCACUGUGUCAGGGUCACGUGAAGCCAAUAGGACAGUUCGCUUCUCGGCGGCGACGACAUGGCGCAGUGUUAAAAGGUUUUAAUUGAUUGUUUGCUAAAGGUAAAAUUCACUUAUUGCUUCAACGUUCUUGAUAAGUUCAUGCGUGGUCCAAACGAGUACACUGCUCUACGCGUCUCUCGAGAGGACGUCGUCAGGCCGCGAAAAUGUCGCUUAAACAUCCAAGUAGCCGCAAAACAGCAAAUCUGUCGAACAAAGCUCGAGCAUUUUCGAUUGCCUCCCUCGUGCACAAAGAGGGACUCGCGGACAGAAGAGACGAAAGCGAUGACAUAGUCUUUUCCACGGAGAGAGAGAAUCGAGACACGCCGGUGCCGAGAAAAAAACUCAAAACCUUGAAACCAGAGGUGAUACUAGAAGGCAAGGAACUGUGGAACUGCUUCUAUCGGCUAGGCACAGAAAUGAUAAUUACCAAGACAGGAAGGCGAAUGUUCCCGACAGUACGUGUGUCAUUUGUGGAUCUGGACCCUGAUGUCAGUUACGCUGUCUUGUUGGACAUCGUUCCGUUGGACACGAAAAGACAUCGGUAUUCUUACUCGGACUCCGCUUGGUUUGUUGCGGGAGAAGCUGAUGCUGUGCCCCCAAAAGUAACGUGCGUUCACCCUGACUCCCCAUUUACAGGGCGGCAGCUGGAGGGACAAGUGCUCUCAUUUGAGAAAGUCAAGUUAACGAAUAACCGGGAUGACAAGCGGGGAAAUAUCAUUUUAAACUCGAUGCAUAAAUAUCAACCAAGAAUUCAUUUGAUCAAGAAUCCAGAGGAGCAAAGCGAUUCAACGGACUUAACGAGAGCAGAGACCUUCGUUUUUCCAGAGACGACAUUCAUGGCUGUCACAUCAUACCAGAAUCACCUUAUAACCCGCCUCAAGAUUUACAGCAAUCCAUUUGCCAAGGGAUUUAGAGAUUCAAUUAGGUUCUUAGGUGACACGGAAAGAGAAAGCUACCUGAUGUCAAAUGGCAUUCAGGCGUAUGAAAACGGGGACGGCGCAUGUUUCCUUUCAAGUGGAGCGCUGACCCAUGGCUCACGAGACUUAUUUAGUGAAGAGUUUUACCAAGUAUCAAGUCCACCCCAGUGGGGGCCAUGGGAAGACCUCUCUUGCUGUCACACAAAUGACGUCUCUAUUGCGAACAGCUGUUAUCCGCAUUCGAUCCAGUGCGCGGGCUCAAAUGAUAUCUACCCCAGAGCGCGUGCGUGUUGGCGCUGCCCAAUUUCGCAUGCGGAAGAGGGGCUUAUGAUAAAUUACUAACUCUAAACAAUUGACGAAAAUUUGAGUGUGAAAGCAUUACAAGCGUAAUGAAUAAGCUUCGAGCUUCAAAUUAACGCGAAAAUAAGCCAUUUGUCUUUAUACGAUAGAUCUGAGAUAUUUCUAGUUAUUUAUUUAAACGUUUUGUGGGAGUUUGAACCUUUAACAAUUAAAAUCCUCUCUUUAGAAAAAGCAAAAGGUCAGUAGCUUGUGCCUUGCUAACUUAUCUAGAAAUCGUAAACUAACCGUAUGUCUUCAACAAAUAAUUUAUGAGGAAUUAUAAUAACUUUUAACGUU